AUGGCUGGUACUGUUGCAGUCCUAAAGACGAGCCCUGUUCGUGUCGGUGGACAGUUGGACGAGUCUCGAGCUUAUUUUCACAGACUAUUCUGGACGUUUCCACCGUGUAUCGAGGCAUUCCGUCAUUGCAAGCCCCUAAUUAGUAUUGACGGCACCCAUCUGUAUGGCAAGAAUGGGGGAAUGUUGCUUGUCGCGAUUGCACAAGAUAUGAACUCCAACAUACUCCUUGUUGCAUUCGCAUUAGUCGAGGGUGAGAAUGCUGAGUCGUGGUCCUUCUUUCUCUCCCACCUGCGUGAGCAUGUGACACAGCAGCCGGGUUUGCUGGUUAUCUCGGACAGGCAUAACGGCAUCAAGGCCGCGCUUGAGGCUCCUGAUGGAGGCUGGUUACCUCCGUCUGCAUACCGGGCAUUCUGCAUUCGACAUGUUGCGGCAAAUUUCGCCCUCACCUUCAAGGGCAAAGACACAAGGAGGCUACUUGUGAAUACGGCGUACGCUAAGACCGAGGUCGAGUUCCAUUACUGGUUUGAUAUUCUUAGGUCCGAAGACCCGGCGAUGUGUGACUGGGCGAACCGGAUUGAGUAUUCGUUGUGGACACAACAUUGUGAUGAGGGGCGUAGAUUCGGACACAUGACGACGAAUAUAUCUGAGUGUGUGAACUCGAUCCUCAAGGGUGUACGAAACCUUCCUGUGUGCUCGCUAGUGAAGGCAACAUACGGAAGGUUGGCCGAAUUAUUUGUUCGCAAAGGGAGAGAGGCUGAGGCGCAGAUGGGAACCGGACAACAAUUUAGUCAGCACUUGGUGAAGUGUAUAGAGGCCAACUUGAAGACGGCUAGGUGCUUCACGGUUACUGUGUACGACAGAGAUAACUCCGAGUUCACCAUCGCAGAGACAACUCCGACUGGUUCUUUCUCACUAGGUAGCUACAGAGUCUCGCUUGCAUCUCAGACAUGUGACUGUGGAUACUUCCAGGCACUUCAUUUCCCGUGUCCCCACGCACUGGCAUGCUGUGCCUACUCAAGGCUUACAUAG